CAAGUCAAAUCAAGUCAAACGCGAAGAAGAGGCUCGAAAGUUACCAAGCCAAGCCGGUAUAGUUGUGUAUGUAGAGAGUACAAUACAUAUUGUCAGCAUUCUGUUCUGUGUCCAGUAAAAGCAAAGUGUAAACCCAGUCUUUAGCCGUCUAUCGAGGCAUGAGGGAGUGAUUUUGCUUAACAGUUGAAAAUUUUCAUAACCUAUAACAAAUUUCAAGUAUUCCGGGGUGUGCUUUUCAAUUGAGUGCAUUUAUAACCGGAUAUUUACAUAUCAGCAAAAAAAUGUUCUCCUGUUUCCUACAACCCAUUCAUCGUCGCUGUUGUAGAAAUUGUUGACACAUCGAUAUAAUAUACUGACGCUUCCCUUCUUGCAAAAAAAAAGCGUUCUGCUCAUCUCGAGGAAGUUAACCGGAACUUUAAACACAAGUGUACCAGGUAAUUUAUUCAAGUGAUGGCAUAUUUUUAAAAUUGAUUGAAAGAAAGCGAAUAUAUAUAAAUAUUGAAAUUUGGAGAAGUAGCAAACAGAACGGCGGAACUGCAAUCGCAGUGUUUCCUCCACAUGUGGACAUCGCCAUCCCGACUCAGAAUCGGCCGAGCUCCUAGGAAAAAGUAAGCCGGUUGCCAGUAAAAUUAAAAAAAAAGAACCGCUGCAAUGAACAAUAAACCUGAAGAGAAAACACUUGGUAACCGGAGGAAGCUCUCCUUCCUUGGUUUUGGAACCAGAAGUUCGGUUGACGGUCAUGGCACGGAAACGGUACAAGAACUCGAUGAGGAGAUGGAGAAGGUCUUCGCGAUGGAUGCUGGAGACAAAUUCGACGUAGCCCGAUUUGGAUCCCCUUCUGAAUCGGUUGGAUCUGGUCGUGAACGCGAUCGUGUUCCAUCAUCGCGUCAUGGCGAUCACGAUAUUAAUCAAUACAGAAAACGAAGUUAUCCUCACCCUCACAUGCCAUUGAAGAGUCUUCAUUCAAGAUCUAUGAGACGUCAUUUAUCACCUGAAGGUUCUACUACAGAGGCAAGUCCUGAAGAGGAACAAUUAGGAAGCGAUCCGAGUGUAACGAGUAAUUUACAAGAAUUGGAUGUUCCGGAUAACAGCGAAAGUUCAAUAUCCAAAGAUGAUCAACAAGAAGAUGAAAAUGAUGAUAAUAAUAAGGAGACAAAUGCAAAUGUAGCGGAAAAAAUAAUAGAAAAAAAAGAUCAACAACAAAGCAGUGAGAGUGAAGCGCCAACUUCAGAAAGAGCCGCUUCUGGAUUCAACGAAAGUCCAUUUGGAAGUCCAAGAGUACAAUUUGAAAAUAUUAAAGAAGAAGAAAGUACUUCGCCAAAUCACGAGGAACCAGCUGAGGAAGAUCGAAAAGGACGCAGACAUCGCGAACACAAUCUGGCUAAUUACGAGUGCAACAGUUUUCUACACAGACGACAUCAUCAUCAUCAUCAUCAUAAAUCACGAAAGUAUUCGCUACAAGAAGAUCCACAAUGGAGAAAACGAUCGGGUGCAGGUCUUCCAGACGUCGCUGGUCUUAUGGGUCGACGGGUGAGUGUCCAACCGGAAGAGGCACGAACCCUCCAGGAACUUGACAUCGACGAUCUUGAAUCGCAUAGGAGCGAUGAUUCCCGUGGAAUGAGAAGACACAAGGCACAUCCAACGGUGCAAAUUGGUCGAAGAAAAGAGGGUGGAAUUCCACAUGAGACAUUUAAAAAAAUGUACGAUCACUCGCCGCACGAGGUUUUCGUUCAAUUGGACGAACUCCAUGGAUUUGGUGAGGAACGUGAAUGGCGAGAGACGGCGAGAUGGAUUAAAUACGAGGAGGACGUUGAGGAAGGUGCCGAUCGAUGGGGUAGACCACAUGUCGCCUCACUAAGUUUUCAUUCGCUUUUAAAUCUACGACGAUGUCUCGAGACUGGCGUUGUUUUGCUUGAUCUCGAGGAAAAGGAUCUACCCGGAUUGGCCUAUCGAGUCGUUGAGCAAAUGGUUAUUGAGGAACUUAUUUUGCCGGAGGAUCGACCUGUGGUGAUGCGAGCUCUUCUCUUGAGGCACAGGCACGUUAAUGAACACGAUAGGGGAUUUAGAUUCAAGAGGAAUUAUUCGAGUUACACAAGUUUACAGUCUGUCUGGGUUGAGGAGGAAGAUGCUACGCGGGAAGCUGUUCUCAGUCAUGUAAUUAAAAAUAAUUUGAACGAUGCCAAGUCAAAAGUUGUAUCAAACUCGGCCCUCGACAACAAUCACACUGCAGUUGAUAUGAAAGAAGAAUUGACCUUCACCAGUAGUAAUGAUGAUUUAAAAAAAGUGCAAAAUGACUAUAUUUUAAAGAGAAUUCCCGUUGGAGCCGAGGCAACAGUUGUACUUGUUGGUGCUGUUGAUUUUCUUGAUCAACCAACAAUAGCCUUUGUCAGAUUGGCAGAAGGUGUUUUAAUGCCUAAUAUAACUGAAGUUAAUAUACCAGUGAGAUUUAUGUUUACAUUAUUGGGUCCUCGUAAUGCUGAUCUUGAUUAUCAUGAAAUUGGUCGUUCCAUAUCAACAUUAAUGUCAAAUACGUCCUUUCAUAAAGUUGCUUAUAAAGCUAAUGAAAGACGAGAAUUACUUUCGGCGAUCAACGAGUUUUUGGAUGAUUCCAUCGUACUGCCACCCGGAGAUUGGGAGAGACAGGCAUUAUUGCCUUUCGAUGAACUUCGAGCGAAAAGUGAAGCAAUUAGAAAAAGAAAAGCAAAUGCAAUCGAAGCAAAAAAACAAAAGACAACAAUAAGCGAUGUUGCUAUUAAAAAAGCAAUAAUGGCUGGAGAGGAUGAGAAAAAACCGCCAGAUGACGAUGAUCCUUUAAAAAGAACAAAAAGGCCUUUUGGAGGUCUUAUAAAUGACAUAAAGAGACGUUAUCCUCAUUAUCUGUCUGAUUUUACCGAUGGUUUGAGUUCAUCGUGCAUUGCCGCGGCAAUUUUUAUGUAUUUCGCUGCUCUCUGUACAGCCAUUACAUUUGGAGGUUUAAUGAGCAGUAAAACAUCAAAUAUGAUUGGAAUUUCUGAAACAUUAAUUUCCUGUUGCUUCACUGGAAUUGUUAUGGCACUUGUUGCAACUCAACCACUUGUCAUUAUUGGAACAACUGGACCUCUACUUUUAUUUGAUCAAAGUCUUUUUGAUUUUUGUAAAAGUAAUGAACUUGAAUUUUUAACAAUGCGCGUUUAUAUUGGAGCAUGGAUGGGAAUUAUUGCAUUGGCCGUGGCUUGUGUUGAAGGUUCUGUACUCGUGAGACUAUUCACUCGUUUUUCAGAGGAAAUUUUCACUGGUCUCAUUUCAAUUAUUUAUAUUGUUGAGGCGUUUAAAAAAAUUUAUGAUUAUUUUGUCGCUAAUCCUCUAUUAUUGGAUUAUUGUUUUAAUGAAGGCAACGAAACAAUUUCACAGAAUAUUACAUUGUACAAUACAAUUUAUGGAAAUGAAACGGGAACUGUGAUUCAAAGUGAAGAAAGUUAUAAUUUUAUUCCAAAAUAUGAUAAAUUUGAAAAAUUGAUUAAUCAACCGAAUACGGCAUUGAUGUGUACAAUAUUGUGCCUGGGAACAUUUUUAGGAGCUUAUUAUUUGAGAAUUUUUAGAAAUAGUCACUAUUUAGGAAGAAGUGCAAGAAGAGCUUUUGGAGAUUUUGGUGUGCCAAUCAGUAUUGUUCUUUUUGUAUUUAUUGAUUAUAUGUCAGGUGUGAAAACUGAAAAAUUAAUUGUACCUGAAGGAUUUACACCAACAAAUACCGAACGCAGUUGGAUUGUCUCACCAGCGGGUACAGAAAAACCUAUUCCACUUUGGAUUGCUCUCGCUAGUUGUGUUCCUGCUCUUUUGGUUUAUAUUCUCGUCUUUAUGGAAACACAAAUAUCAGAGCUGAUAAUUGACAAAAAAGAGCGAAAAUUGAGAAAAGGUAACGGCUAUCACAUGGACAUUGUGGUGGUGUGUUUAUUAAAUGUAGGUUGUGGAUUUAUUGGUGCACCUUGGUGUUCCGCUGCUUCGGUUCGUUCAUUGACGCACGUCUCAGCGGUGACAGUGAUGUCACGAACCCACGCACCUGGUGAUAAACCGUAUGUGGUCGAGGUCAAGGAACAAAGAGUCAGUGCACUUCUUGUUGCAAUUCUCGUUGGCGUUAGCGUACUAAUGUCACCUUUACUUCGUCAAGUUCCAAUGGCCGUGUUAAUUGGUGUCUUCCUCUAUAUGGGCAUCUCGUCAACAAAUGGUGUUCAACUUUUUGAUCGAAUCAAAUUAUUCUUUAUGCCCGUCAAGCAUCAUGGCACUGCAAAUUAUGUAAGACGUGUGCAAACCUAUAAAAUUCAUAUAUUCACAAUGAUACAAAUUCUUUGCUUGACAACAUUGUGGAUUGUAAAAAGUACCGACGCAGCAUUGGCUCUACCAUUUUUCCUCAUUCUAAUGGUACCACUUCGAUCACAAAUGAUUCACUUUUUCACUGCUACUGAAUUACGAGCUCUCGACAGUAAAGCGCCUGCCAAUGAAGACGAGCCUGACUUUUAUGAGGAAGCUCCCUUACCUGGUUAGAUUGUGCCUUACUUCUAAUUUUUCGUUAUAUUUGUAAAUACAAAAUGGAAAAAUGAAGACAACAACUCUCACGCGAAUAAUCAGAAGAAUGGUUUGUUUUGCAAUAUUUAUUUAGAUUUGCGAUAUUGGAAUUGAAUUUUAUUUUGCAGAGAUUUAAAAUUCAAAUCUUAUUAUUAUGACCUAAAAACUUAUUUCGCUAAAUUUUUUUAACUAUCGAUUUUUCAAACUUUAAUACCUCCUAGAGGAUCCAGCGGAUAUUUGAAAAUUAUUAUUAUUAUUAUUAUUAUUUUAAUCAUUUAAAAAAAGAACAUUUAACAAUUUUCAUUAAUUAUUUUGUUUAUAGUUUUAAAAAUUAUGUGAGAGAAAAAUUAAAAUCCUCGCUGGAUAUUCUAUCUCAAUUUAGAUAAAUUAUAAUUAAAAAUUAAUUCUUUUGAAAAAAUCUAUUUUUUAGUAAUUAAAAAAAUUGUCACACGUGAAUUAACGAUAGUAUAGUAACUAGUUAAAGAAUUUUUAUCAAAUUGCGGUAACUAAUCUCGUUAAUUUUUAAUCUAAUACUAUUUAUAUACGUGUUGAGCUUAAAUCAGAAAAUUCUCUUUAAAAUUAUUCGAUCAUUGAAAAAAUAUAUUUUUCACAAAUUAAUUUCUUAAUCUUUGUGAAAAAUAUUUUUAAAAAUAUUUUUAUAAUUUAAAUUUUCCUUUUUAUUUUAUCUUAGAAAAAAAUGUAGUAUUACGGUAUUUUUUUUUUUCUUACAAAUAAUUUCAAAAAAUUAACAUCCAAAUCCUAAAUAAUUUCGAAAAAACAAAUUUUUAUUUUUCUAAAAUAGAUUUUUUAUCGUCUUUAUUUUAAUAUACAAUCCCUUGUUUUUUUUCAGAUAUAUUUUUUAUUGAUCCAUUUUUUUUAGAAAUCAUUUAUCGAAUUAACUUUUUUAAACCUUUAAAUAUUAGUUGUUUUUCAAUGAAAAUUUUAACAAAAAAAAAAAAAAAAAAAAAAAAAAAAAAAUGCUAUAUCAAAAGAAAAAUGGUGCCAAACUUAGAUUAACAAAAUAAUAUGUCAAUAGUAGUGAAUUACGAACUUUUCUCGGCACUUGAAACUUUUGUCAAAGUUUACAUACUUUUUUACAUAUAAUGUAGAUUUAAUGAAAGAUUAGAUAUUUUUUCGACAUUUUUCUGAAUUUAACCAGAUAAAUAGGUUUUAAUCCCUUCCACGAUUAAUUUAAUUGUUUAAUAGAAAUGAUUUUUGAGAAAGAUCAUCGAAAUAUAAAAUAGAUAAUUUUAUUUUUUGAAAAAAAGAAAUUAUUUUCUUUUCAAUGACCUUAGCAAAAAUAGUUUUGUUAAACAAUUAAGUGAUUUUGAAUUUGUAAAAUCGUGAUUCCACCCAUACUUUACAUAUGUACCUUAUCAAUACUACCUCUGUAAGACCAGAGCAUUAUGAUUAAAAAUAAACAGUUUGUAUAGAUGGUGUGCUCAAAUUUUGUGGCGUUAAACGUGAAAUCAAACAAAAAAUGAAAAUCAGAAGGAUCACUUUUUUUAAUGUCUGGUGCGAGUAGAAAAUGUAAUUUUCGAACUUAAUACUAGAAAAUUUCUGUACUUAUCUUGUACUUUAAAAGUUGAAGAAAAAUAUUUGUCAGCUUGACAUUUUUAUUGAUAUUUAUGCAACACAUUUGUUUUUUAACAUUAAAUUAUUAAAAAAAAGGUAUUUUUUAAUAUUAAAAUUUUCUCUCUAAAAAAAAAUAAUUGAUUUACAUGACAAUAGAAUUUUGUUGCAAAAAUAUGAAGAAAAAAAUGUCAAGUUAAAAAGAAAAUAUUUUCUUAGGCGAAACUUUACCGGGACUAAUAGAACGCACGUGAUACUUUAAUACGCGGCAAUACUUAGAAAAUUGUAACAAUAUAUAUAUAUACUAUAUAUAUAUUGUACUUUCAUAAUUUAGUACUUUUUAUCGAAAUGCGCUCAGGUGAUGUGUGUCCAUGGGAAUGUGCAUUUUUUUUUUUUUCGCAUAUACCUAUGUAUAUAUCGGAAGCACAUUGAUGUUCAGAAGUCAACGGAAUUGGAGUAGAGUUCAAAGUUGAAUUUAUUUUUAUUUUGCAAAUAAAGCAAAAAACUUAGAACUCAACUCAAUGUAACUUUAUAGCAGUAAAAUACUCAGAAAGUAGCGAUUAUUAAAUUUUAACAAAAAAAAGAAAAUUUUUAUCCAUUAUUAAAUUUAGAAACAUUGCAUUUUUAAAUAUUUCAAUUCAUAAUGUAAAUUAAUGAAAUUAUUUUCAAAAUUUACUAAAUAUAAUUUUCAAAAAUAAUUUACGUAAAUUUCUAUACCAAAAAGUUAAUCUAAAUUUUGAAAAUUAAUAAAAAAAAAUUGUUUAUAUUUAAUAAUUUUCUUAUAUAAUAAAAAUAAAUUCUUUUUUCUUUUGACAAACUCUACCUCUUACUUUUUGGUAAAUAAAAUCGCGAGUUUACUAUUUAAAAGAAAAGACCAAGUGAUAACUGAUUUUAAUCUUGUAUUGCUACUGAAUGUAAGAAACAGAAAAAAAGAAAUAUAUAUAUAUAAUAAACUAAUUUUAUAUUGUAAAGAGACUUGAUUAUACAAAAGAAAGAAGAUAUAUUCUAUUUUAAAAUUCAAGAGUAUUUUACUAAUUAAAUUGUUAUGAAAAAAAAAGAAAUCAAUUUUAAUGUUAAUAUUUUAAAUAUAUUAUAAAUAAACCGUACAAUUGUAACCGGUGCAAGAAAAAAUGCAGAAUAAGUUAUAAAAUAUUGGUAAAGAGUUCUAAAUCCUAAAUAAUUGUGAUAGAAGUAUAAUUGAGACUUAUCUGUUUUAUUCUAAUAGAUCUGAAUAUAUUAGUUACGGCUCUACAAUGUCUAUGACACACAAUUAAUUAAGAAAUUUUAAUUGAAACAAAAAUCAUUUAUUAUUAUAGAAUCCACAGUUAUUGAAAUCGUGAAAUAUAAAUAUAUAUAUAUAUAGAUUCCUCAUAUUAAGAGACUAUGACGAUUAUUGUUACGAGAUGAUAGAACUAUUGUACAUAAUCUAGUUAAUUCACAGUAUUAAAAAUAAUAAAUAUUAAGAGCCUCUUAGAAAAAUCGUUUACGCUUUAGGAUUAUUAGAGAGCAAAGAAAUAAACAUAUAUUUUAAUUGCCAA